AUGCCUCCAAAGUCUACUGGAGAGCGUGCCUACUGGACUCAGGAUGAUGAAUCCAAGCUUUUGGCAUAUCUCAAUGACCAUAAAGCAGAGGCUGGUGAUGCCUUUAACUUCAAAGCGGCUACCUGGACUGCUGCUGCUGCUCAUGUGAAUGCUGUGGUCACUCGGGGAGCACCAAAGAAUGGGAAUUCUUGCAAAAUCAAGUAUAGGACGUUAAAGCUCACAUACAAGAUUGUUGAUGCUAUUUGCAACAACUCUGGAUGGUCCUGGGAUGAUGAAAAGGGGGCAGAUAUCACUCCUGAGAAGCGGGGAAUGUGCGAUGAUUAUGUCCUCUGCCAUCCAGGUGCUGGUCCGUUUUGCAAUAGUGGCUGGGCACAUCUGGCAAUUUUUGAUGUGUUUCUCGGAAAGAGGGCUGUGAAAGGCGCUCAUGUCUAUCACACCUCCCAAGGUAUCUCUGCAUCUGACUCCUUGGAUAGGGAGAACAGUCCUCCUUGGCCGAAAACUCUCAGAGAUUCGGAUGAUAACACUCAGAUUGAUCCUGCCUUGCUGUCGGAUAAUGAAGACAAUAUUGGUGAAGUUGCAGAACCUCCUUCAACUCCUGUUCCUACCCAGCGUAAGCGUCCAGCUACUACGCCUACUAUGUCAAGUGCUAGUAUCAAGAAAGCUCGGACGUCUACUGGAGCAAAGGCAAUCAGUGAUCUCAAUGCAACAUUUGAACGCAUGACUGCAGUUCUUGAAAAUGCUUUUCCGAAAUCCACUUUGCAACCAUCUCCAGUUCAUAAAUCCGAUGCAAUCAAGUUAGCACAAACACAAGAGAAGGAUUGGUUGGACAAACGUCAAAUGGCAAAGCUUUUAUCUAUCUUGGCAAGUGAACAUUUUGCUGCAGAGAAUUACCAGCUUUUAGAGGAUGAAGAACUUUGUUGGGAGUGGAUUUCACUUAAAUUAGGUUUAGAAUAA